AUGAUAAAGUGUAAAAUUUAUAUUAAUAGUUUGGAUUGGAACACAUCAUUUCCUGCAAUUUCCGUCUGCGAAAUUCUCAAUGGUGAGAAAAUGUGGGAUCUCAAUGAGGAGCACUUUGGGUCAGACAGGGACAAAUUCCAGGACGAUUUGGUCGCAGACGUGGCCUUCUUCAAGGGUGUCUGUUCCUCCUGCAAGACCUGCGUUCAGCACAUGAAGCCCGAGUGCCAGACGAACUUCUCAGUCAUCAUCGACAAGUUCAGGACUAAAUGCGAAAAUCUAUUGACAAACUGUGCUUGGAAUGGAGUGAAUUUCACCUGUUGUGAUGCAUUUUUGCCCCUUCAGACGGAAUUCGGUCACUGCUUCACCAUCAACAGUGCUCACACUGAUCCCGAGAAGCGCAUGAAAUUGAUCAGCAACCGCGAAAGUGGGCCAGGAACUCUCAAUUUAUUCGCCCUGGAAGAUGUGCAAAUUCAUCUGCACUCCCCAAACGGAGUGCCGUACAUUAACACGGAGCACGAUCUACAGGAGACCAUUCUGUGGGGCCUACAGAAGGAGAUCAUCUUCAGCACAGCUGAAAUAUUCAACGACGCAAAUCUAGAAGAGCACGAUUUUUCGCAAAGACGCUGUAAAUUGACAUCGGAAGCUAUUGAUGCUGCGGAAGUGAGGCUCUACAAUAUUUAUAGCUACUCAACCUGCAUCACAACUUGCGUUGCAGAAGCUCAGUUAUCAAUUUGCAACUGUACGCAUCAUCUAAUGCCUAAGAAUCUAAUUAAUUAUAAUGAAAUUUGCACGGUUGAAGGGCUUUUGUGCCUGACGGAGAAUUUUGAAACAUUGACAGAAAUUCGGAGGGAUUGCAAAUGCUUUGCAUCGUGUGAGGAACCAGAAUAUAAUAUUGUCUAUUCAUCUAACGACUAUUUCGGAGAAGAUUUAGGAAGUCCAAUAACUAUUACAAUGGGUUCUCUUCCGACUACAAGAUACAUAAGACACACCUAUCAGUUGGUGGAAUAUGCAGCCUUAUCUUUGGGUUAUCAAUCAUGA